AAAAAGAGAGAGAGAGAGAGAGAGAGAGAGAGACCAUGUCCCCCCACACCCUCCUAAUCGACGUGCGCUCCGCCGCCGAAUUCGCCACAGGUCAUCUAACCAGCGACAUGGGCCCGACGCUGAACAUCGAGUACCAAGCCAUCGACCAGCUCCCCGCCAUCUAUGCUGAAAACUACCACGCGCACGUGACCAAGCACCAUGACAUCACGCUGUACUGUCGCAGCGGGCGGCGCUCGAAUAUCGCGUUGCAGACGCUGAGGGGCUUGGGCUUCGUUAAUGUGAGGGAUAUUGGUGGGUUUGAGGAUGCGAGGAGGGUGCUGGAUAGGGAGGUUGUGGGUAAGCAGUUGGAGGAGGGGAUGAGGGGGGGUGAGAUGGGGAAGGAGGAGGGGGAAAGCGACAAGGUGAAGGAGAAGAGGAGGGAGGGGUUUGGGGCGUUGGUGGAGGGGUUGAAGGCUUUGGAGGGGUGAGGAUGGGGGGUUGAAGAGAGGGAGUGUGUGUGUGGUUUUCUUCAUCUUCUUCUUUUUGCUGCCAUGUUUCUGCUUGGUGAGUGUGGGGUGUAGGGGAGUUGUUUAUGUAUGGGACGUACAGAAUAGGGGUCAAGAUGCAUUGAUGUGUAGCGUGUGUGGCGGAUGAAUUGUAGAUAUACAGGUCAGGUGUUUAGAGUCUUGAA